AUGGAACAAAAAAUUAAGUUUAACUUAUCUACUAAAAUUGCCUUAUUUAUACUUUUAAUUUGGAUAUAUUAUUUUAACAAUGAUAGUAAGGUGAAAAAAUCAUUAGGUGAAAAACACAAUGUAGACAUAGAAUUAAAUUUAAGAACCUAUCGAUUACUAGCAAAAUAUAAACAGGAUAAGUAUUCAAAUAUUGUAGAGUUAAAAAAUGAUAUAUCAAAUAAUGGAGAAAGCAAAAAAGAAAAUAUAUCUAUUAAUGACAGUGGGGGAAAAGGACUAAAAAAACAAUCUAAUAGAUGUAUAUUAGAAAAGGCGCAAUACUAUACAGAAGUUAUGGAUUAUAAUAAUGGAAUGUUCGAUGGAAAACAUUUCCAUUUUGAAAAAAGAAUGGUCAAAAAAAGAAAUUAUGAUGAUUUUCUUGAAAGAAAAAGGAGAAUUUAUAAUAUAGCAUUUAAAAAAGUGAAAUUUAGAAGUUACGGAUUUGGAAUUACUAUAUUCUUUUUUUUUUUCUUAUUAGGAAUAGGAUUACCUAUAUUAAAAGGAUUAGAGUCUGUAGAAGGUCUUUUAGUUAUAAAACCAAUUGAGAAAUUUUGUGACCUUAUAAAUGAAAUACCAGGUUUAAAUGAUUAUAGUGUAUUACAUAUUUUUCUAGUCUUAUUUUCUAUACUUAUAGUUUCAUUAGGUGUCAUAAUUAUAAUAAGUAUUCCUAAAAUUUUAAAAAACAAUGAAAAAUAUAAAAAAAUGAAGUUAAUGAUUGAGUAA